AAAUUCUUCCUAGGUGGAGGCAUUUAGGAAGAUCCGUUGAAGUUCGCAAGAAACUUACUCAUUUUCACCAUUUUUAUCUGAAUUUAAGUAAAAGAUGGCUUAAGUAGUUUUAGGGUGUAUUCAGUAGGAAAUGUUUUCCAAUUUUCUCAUGUUCAUGUCCAAUGUGAAUGGGCUUGUACCAAGUCUUAACAUGUGCUAGUACUAGUGGCCAUGUUUAAUGAAACUUGGCAUACCCCAUUAAUCGAAAUCACACCAAAACGAAUGAACUCCAAUCAUAAAACUGUUGAAUAUGUCUGAAGUAGUCUACAGGCGUGUUCGGUAGGAAAUGUUCUCCAAUUUUUUCAUAUACUUUCGUUGUAGCUUGCGAGUUAAUCGCACCAGAGAGUAAGAGAUUGGAAAGAGGAUCAUUGACCUGGCUCUUGGGCGCAGACUUAAAUGUUGUGGAAAAUACUUCCAAUGUGAAUGAUGUGAAUGGUUUUGUAGGAAAGUCUUAACAUGUGCUAGUACUAAUGGCAAUGGUUAAUGAAUUGCAUACACCCAUUAACCUUCUUUUUGUAUCUGCUGUUUACUGCCAUUUGUUUGUGUUAGGUGAGCGGGGAGAGGAGAUACAGUAGAUAGAUAUGGCUGGAAAAGUUGAAGGUCCGGCUAUCGGUAUUGAUCUUGGAACCACAUACUCUUGUGUUGCCGUUUGGAAAUAUGAUCGUGUUGAAAUAAUAGCUAAUGAUCAAGGUAACAGAACGACGCCAUCUUAUGUUGGGUUCACUGACUGUGAACGUCUCAUUGGUGAUGCUGCUAAGAACCAGGUCUCUAUUAACCCGAUCAACACUGUUUUCGAUGCAAAAAGGUUGAUUGGUAGGAGAUUCAGCGAUGCCUUAGUGCAAAGUGACAUUAAGCACUGGCCGUUUAAGGUCAUUUCUGGACAUGGUGAUAAGCCGAUGAUUGUUGUUAACCACAAGGGUGAGGAGAAGCAGUUUGCUGCUGAGGAAAUAUCUUCUAUGGUGCUCGUUAAGAUGAGGGAGAUUGCUGAAGCUUUCUUGGGUUCCACUGUCAAGAAUACUGUGGUUACCGUGCCAGCCUACUUUAAUGACUCUCAGCGUCAAGCCACCAAGGAUGCUGGUGUUAUCGCUGGUCUGAAUGUGCUGCGUAUUAUCAACGAGCCUACUGCAGCUGCCAUUGCUUAUGGUUUGGAUGAGAAAGAAACUAGUGUUGGUCAGAAGAAUGUGUUGAUCUUCGAUCUCGGUGGUGGUACCUUCGAUGUAUCUCUCCUCACCAUUGAUGAAGGUAUCUUUGAAGUUAAGGCUACUGCCGGAGACACUCAUCUUGGAGGUGAGGACUUCGACAACAGGAUGGUCAAUCAUUUUGUUCAGGAAUUCAAGAGGAAAAACAACAAGGAUAUCAGUGGUAAUCCUAGGUCACUUAGAAGGUUGAGAACUGCUUGUGAGAGGGCGAAGAGGACGCUUUCAUCCACAGCUCAGACCACAAUUGUGAUUGAUUAUCUCUACGAGGAUAUCGAUUUCAAUUCCACCAUUACCCGUGCUAGAUUUGAAGAGCUUAACAUGGAUCUGUUCAGGAAGUGUAUGGAACCAGUAGAGCAGUGUUUGAGAGAUGCUAAGAUGGACAAGAGCGCUAUCCACGAUGUUGUACUUGUUGGUGGCUCCACUAGAAUUCCCAAGGUUCAGCAACUCCUGCAAGAUUUCUUCAACGGGAAGGAGCUCUGCAAGAGCAUUAACCCUGAUGAGGCUGUUGCUUAUGGUGCUGCUGUACAAGCUGCAAUUUUGAGUGGUGAAGGUAACAAGAAGGUGAAAGACCUGUUGCUUUUGGAUGUUACCCCUCUUUCGCUUGGUCUAGAAACUUAUGGCGGUGUCAUGACCGUGUUGAUCCCCAGAAAUACCACUAUCCCGGCCAAGAAAGAGGGGGUCUUCUCAACCUGCUCAGACAACCAGCCAGAUGUGUUGAUCAAGGUCUAUGAAGGUGAGAGAACUAGGACGAGGGACAGCAACUUGCUUGGUAAAUUUGAGCUCUCCGGUAUUCGUCCUGCUCCCAGGGGGGUUCCUCAGAUCACAGUGUGCUUUGACAUUGAUGCCGAUGGUAUCUUGAAUGUUGCUGCUGAGGACAAGACUACUAAACAAAAGAACAAGAUCACCAUCACCAAUGACAAUGACAGACUCUCCAAGGAAAAGAUUGAUAAGAUGGUUCAAGAAGCAGAAAAAUACAAGUCUGAGGAUGAAGCGCACAAGAAGAAGGUCGAUGCAAAGAAUGCUUUGGAGAACUGUGCAUACAACAUGAGGAACAACAUUAAGGACGAGAGGAUUGCAUCCAAACUGCCUGAAGCUGACAAGAAGAAGAUUGAGGAUGCCAUUGAGCAGGUCAUCCAGUGGCUUGAUGCCAACCAGCUUGCUGAGUCCAAUGAACUUGAGGACAAGACGAAAGAGUUGGAGAACAUCUGCAAUCCGAUUAUUGCCAAGAUGUACGAAGGUGCUGGCGGUGACAUCGGUGCUGACAUGGACAAUGAUGGUCCUGCUCCUAGCAGCAGCAGUGGUGCUGGUCCUAAGAUUGAAAAGGAGGAGAAAAAAGGACGGAGGAGAAGGCUGAGGAAGCAAGUUUUCAACAAGAUCAAGGAAGGGGAGCUCCAUAUCGGAGAUCACAUUUACACAUGGCGAUAUGGCUAUAUCUACGCCCACCAUGGUAUAUAUGUUAGUCGUGACAUAGUGAUCCAUUUCAACCCGGCACCACGUCAGGAGGUAGAAACAGGAACAGCCCUCGAUGGUAUCAUCUUCAGCUCAUCUACCUCUCGUCGCUCUGAAUCUCAAUGUCCAAUAUGUGGUGAUCGUUCUAGGAAUGCCGGGGUCAUCUCUACAUGCCUUGAAUGCUUCCUCUCUGGUGGUAAACUAUACCGCUUUAAGUAUGGUGUCUCAAAAUCUGUCUUUUAUGCACAAGUGCGAGGAACAUGCACUCUUGCCACUACUGAUUCCUCCGAGGAUGUCAUCCACCGCGCUGAAACUCUUCUCGCGAAUAACAGUUUUGGAAAUUACAAGCUUUUCAAGAACAACUGUGAGGACUUCGCGAUCUACUGCAAGACAGGUUAUAAUCCGCACUUUGGAGCUGGUGGCCGCGGGGCUAGUGGUCAGGUAGCAGCACUCUCUGCAGCAGCUAAAGCGCCAGUGGUUUCAACACUCCACUCCGCUUGGACAGGUUACAUCUUACUCAGCGCAGCAAGCGCCUUUGGAGGUCCAGGACCGCUACCAAUAGGCAUUACUUUUGCUGGUUUUCCAGUUCUUUUCGCGGGAAUGUCUUACUGCUUUUACAGGUAUCUUUCGGAUGUUGGAGUUCGAAAGGACCUGAAGAAAAUACCUGUAGAAGAGCUUGUUGAUGCAAGUGUCUGAACCUGCAUUACUCAUCAAAUUGGACCGUUUUUAAUGAACUACUAAUAGUAUCUGUUUGAUAGACAUGGGAUAACCUUAUUGAAAGGCUUGUACGAGUUCACCACAGUAAUAAGAACCAGGCUCGUCACUUGGUUUAUAACAAAAGUAAGGAACAAACGUAAAUAAUGCAGGAUGUUUAUGUGAAAACCUCCUUGCUAAGGGAGUAAAACCACAGGAUGUUUUGAACUUACGUUUUAUUAAGUUAUUAUUAUUGUUAAACACCUUGCUUAUGUGAUCAUUUUUUACUUUC